ACACUCGUUCAAUUCUCUCGUUAUUUUCUUGUCUUUAUGUUUUGACGUGACUGCAAUCGCUGGGCAGGAAAUACCGCAGUGAUCAUGAAAGCCUCAUCUUCGCCAAGACAUCGAGUAUAGGCGACCAAAUACGGGCGACAUCAUUCAAAAGAGGGAAGAGGAGAAAAGGACACAUCAUGGAUUCACCACGGCCACCGCUGGAUCCUCGAGACGAACUGCUUCAAGGCCACGGCAUCGAGCUCGCCGAACGUCCACAGUUCACUGAACAUGACACCCAGCCCGGCCUUGAGGUUGCCACCCACUCCACGCUUGAAGUGGCUCCAGGCACUGGGCCAGUUCCAAUCGGUUCGCCUGGCACAGGCUUUGAGGAUCUCAAGGCAUGGGAGAAGGUAGGAAACCUAUCAUUGGGAUACGGCAAGGUGUUCGACAGUACCAACAGCCCGCCACCACCGCCAAUACCAAACUAUGGUUUUGGGGGACCACCGCCGAUACCCGGGACGGAAAUGGUGACACCGGGGAUGCAUAGGCCGAGUAGGCCCGGAACAGCAUACAGCAGUACGACUUCAAGAGGAGGGCCGAAUGGGAGGGGCCAAGGCAGUGUUGAUUCGGGCAACCCGUUUGUCGCCGGGCCAUCACUGCCACCUUUGCCAGGCGAGGGACUCGACGGAAGAAGGAAAAGAGAGAUGAUAUGCGGAGUCAAACGACAGUCAUUUUGGAUUAUCCUUGCGACUGGGAUAUCUCUCGCCGUGAUAGCGAUAGCAGCCGGUGUUGGUGUAGGAGUCUCGUUGGGAAACAAGAACUCCAAGGAAGCACAACCGCCAACACCAUCACAAUCUACCUCACCAUCAACACCCGUUCGAACCCUCCCAGUACCCCUUUUCAACGCCUCCACCGUCACGAACCCCGAGUCUACCAACAAGAGCGAGCUGAUACCCGCCGACAUAUCGUGCCCUGUUCAGAACCUCACUCUCUAUUCUUCGCCUAUGACCCCGUCAAAUGAUCGGAAAUUUCUACUGUUUUGUGGGAGGGAUUACAAUGUUGGUAAUGGGGCGACGGAUAUGUAUGAUGUGAGAGUUGAUACCAUGGCGGAGUGUAUAGAUUCGUGUGCCAAACAGAAAGGGUGCGUCGGUUCCGGAUGGGGGGAGCAGGGGGGGAAACAUGUCUGCUAUCUGAAGAGUCGGUUGGGGGAGCCGAAUUUGGCGGGACAUUGGAUGUUUGCGGUGGAGGAUACGGAGUUUAAUGGGGGAGGGGACUUACCUUUGCCUGGUGGGACAUAAGAAGAUGCGAUCUUUUCUAUUUUGUUAUUUUUCUGGAUACCUCGGGAGAUGGGGCGUUUGAGUGGUUUCAGGGAUGAAGGAAAACAAGGCUCGAGGGAGGUCGUGGUGUCUAGUGUUUACUCUCUUGCGGGUUGCCUGUGGUCAAAUGGAUUGGAUCGAUGGGUGAUGGGGUAUGUUCAGGAUACUAUGACAUAUGAAUUGAUACCUUUCAAACAUCUUCUUGUAUACUGUUAGGGGUGGUGACAGAUAGUAAACCGAGGUGGUCAGGAUUGUGGAGUUCUAGG